AUGAGGCUAUACGUUUUGGUCUAUGUUGAUGAUCUGUUGAUUGGUGGCAAUGAUUCGAGAACUAUUUCUCAGUUUAAGGAGUAUUUGAGUGAAUGUUUUAAAAUGAAAGAUUUGGGUCAUCUCAAAUACUUUCUGGGUAUCGAGGUUGCAAGAUCUCCGCAGGGUAUCUAUUUGUCUCAACGCAAAUAUACUUUGGAUAUUAUUGACGAAUGUGGAUUGUUAGCCUCCCGGCCAUUUGCGAGUCCAAUGGAAGAGAAUCAUCAGUUGCAAGUCAUUGAAGAAGGUCCUUAUGCUGAUCUAGGGCGAUAUCGUCGUCUUGUCGAACGCUUAGUGUAUCUCACGGUUACACGUCCUGAUCUUAUUUAUGUUAUUCAUAUUCUUGCACAGUUUCUCAAGCAACCGCAGGUCAAACAUUGGGAAGCAGCACUUCGGGUGGUUCAUUAUCUUAAAGGCUGUCCUGGACAAGGGAUUUUGUUGACUGCUAAUACUGAUCUUACACUCUCUGCCUAUUGUGAUGCUGAUUACCAGACUUGUCCUCUUACUCGUCGCUCGUUGUCUGGCUAUGUUAUACUUCUAGGUGGGUCUCCUAUUGCGUGGAAAACAAAGAAGCAGAAGACGGUUUCAAUCUCUUCUGCUGAAGCGGAGUAUCGGGCGAUGCGUUACACGACGGGUGAAUUGAAGUGGGAACGUGAACUUCUAUCCUGCUUUGGGGUUCAGCAUGAUACUCCUAUAUCACUUUUCUGUGAUAAUCAAGUUGCUCUACAUAUUGCCGCAAACCCUGUUUUCCAUGAGCAUACUAAGCACAUUGAAGCUGAUUGUCAUUUUGUACGUGAUGCACUCAAGGUUGGGCUUAUUGCGACCUUCAAGAUACACACUUCCAACCAGUUUGCUGAUAUUUUCACUAAGUCUCUUGGCGGUCCGCAAUUUUCUUAUCUUCUACGCAAGUUGGACAUUCGGGAUCUUCAUGCGCCAAUUUGA